UCCUCAAUUUAUGCCAGCAAAUGCAAGCCCUCGGUGUAGACUGGUUAUUGCAGCAUAGCUAAAUGCUAGCUAGCUCGUUAUAGAACUCAUUGAUUGCAUUUCUAGCUAGAUCCAUCGUUUGGAUCUUUGAACUUUUGUUGAAUUAAACAACAUCCUCUCUAGAAAAAUGAUCCCGGAGCUGUCCAGUCCCUCAGUGUGUAUGAGGGACCCUCAGAGGGUGGAGGAGAUCAUCAAGGCCAUGCAGAAGGCUGGCACCAGCACGAUUCAGGUGAUUUCAGACUUUGACAUGACCCUCACACGGUUUGCCUACAAUGGGAAGCGGUGCCCUACCAGUCACAAUAUCCUGGACAACAGCAAGCUCAUCAGUGAGGAGUGCAAAGCACAGCUGAAGGACCUGCUCAACACAUAUUACCCCAUAGAGAUCGAUUCCAAACGGACAGCGGAGGAGAAGCUACCACUCAUGGUGGAGUGGUGGACUAAAGCCCAUACUCUUCUGGUGCAGCAGCGCAUCAGGAAAGACCUGCUGAAGGAUAUGGUGAAGGAGUCCGAUGCUAUGCUCAGGGAGGGCUACCAGAUGUUCUUUGACCACCUGCAGGAGCACAGCAUUCCUCUGCUCAUCUUCUCUGCUGGGCUAGGAGACGUGCUGGAGGAGGUGAUCCGCCAGGCCGGGGUCUUUCACCCCAACGUCAAGGUCUUCUCCAACUACAUGGACUUUGAUGAGACUGGAGUGCUGAAGGCCUUCAAAGGGGAGCUGAUCCACAUCUAUAACAAGAGGGAGGGAGCUCUGCAGAACACGGGCCACUUCCAGGAGCUGAAGUCACGCCACAACGUCCUGCUGUUGGGAGACUCUCUGGGGGACCUGACCAUGGCUGAUGGGGUGCACAGCAUGGAGAACAUCCUCAAGAUCGGCUUCCUCAACGACAAGGUGGAGGAGAGGAAGACGUCCUACCUGAAUGCUUAUGACAUCGUGCUGGUGAAGGAUGAGACCAUGGAAGUGCCGAACGCCCUACUGCUCCACCUCACCAGCACCAAGUGACCUGACCAUGAACUUCAUCUCACUGGCCAAUCAGUAACGAGCGUUCCGACGCUACAGGAAAUAUGUCGUGCUGGUUUAGGAAGCUCUUGCUCAGGAAGUGCCAGUAGUCAAAUACCAUUGAGCCAAAUCAGAAUGGUAUUGUUUUUGGUUUGUCUUUUACUAAAGCUCCAAUGGCUGUUUGUGUGGGUCGCUGGGAUGGAUUCCAGACUGUCGUCCUUCCACGCUCCUCCAGUUGAAUCCUUGUUGAACACUUACAACUUGAGAGCAACAUCCUUUAUAGUCCUACAAUUUGAUUUGAUUUACUCUACUCAGCAACCCUACGGUCACAUUCUCAAUUGUUUACGAACCAUCAAUAGUCCUACUGAAAUGGAACAGGGAAACUAGGUGACUUCCCCGUCUGGUAAAUGUGUAUUGGUUUUGUGGGGAGAGAAACGUUACUGGUGAUAUGUAUGGUCUGUCCACAGAUGAGGAAUGUACAGCACCAGUAAAACGUUUGGACACACCUACACAUUCAAGGGUUUUUCUUUAUUUUUACUAU